GUGCUUGAACAGCGCAUUUGUGUACUUUCCACAAUGGCCCACCUUACGCUUAACAAACUGCCUUCGCGCGUCAGCGCCCCUACCCCAAGACGGUCGGGCGUUUUCCGUGCGCCGCGCACAGUAGUGUUUGCCCAAGAGCCCAAAUUCACCCUUGAAAACAACAGCCAGGCGGCAGAGGGAUACGUGGAGACGGACACCGCGGGGCAAAGCAACAUGUAUCCGACCGUCAUGAAGCCCUUCGAGGCGGGCAGCUCCGCUGACACCGUGAAGCAGGACUCCUUCAACACCGGCCUGGCAGUGGGCAGCUCGCUGCUGGCGCUGGGGGCCAUCGGACUGGGGCUCACGGCGCUGGUCAACGCAGGGGCCAGUGGGGCGCCAGAGGAGGACUACUCGGCCUAUCAGCCGCUGUCCGUGUACGCGGCGAAGUUUGAGGCGGAGCUGGCGGCGCAGCAGCAGGCGGCCGCACCUUCGGCCCUGUCCGCACCUGAUGUGGUGGCUGAGGUGGUGCAGGCGGCGCCAGCGGCGGCGGUUGCAAGCGAGUAGAGGAGAGGAGAGGUUUAGCCGGCAGCGCCCUUCGUUGCGCUGGGCUGCUGUCUGCAUUGGAGUGAAGGAAGUGCAGGAAUUGCUACGGACGGGCUGAAGCGCAUGUGUGGAGAGAAGGGAGAAGCAUGGUACAUGGGGUGCCGGGUGAUUUCCGGAGCGGUCUUCCGGGGGUUGCGUACCGGUACAAGAUUGCCGCGUUAGAUUGCUGACGGCGUGCAAUUGUACGGGGCAUCUGCUUACACAGGGGCAGUCAGUCAGGCGGCGCGACGGGGGUUGGGGCUGGCUGCAAUGCAUCCGGUAACAGGCCCCCAGGGCACAUGCGGUAGAAGCAGUAUGCAUGGAACCGGACAUGCCAGGACUCUUGCGACAGACAGCAUGUUGCCUCUCAUGACCCAGUGUGGGUUGUUGCUCGUAAUCUCGUUGUCGGUUGGAGUUGAAGGGUCGUCUGAAGAAGGGUUCUGCUUGCGGUCAUUCCCUGGUGGAAUGGCUGACCGAGAGUGGACAAGCUGAGAUGGUGUGAGCGCGGUUUAAUUUUGAAGUGAGCAGCGGAGGUUGUCCUUGCGUCGAACCAUCCGAGUGACAUCACAACCAUGCGCCCUUUUGUUUGCCCUACCCGUCGCGGCUAAUUUUGACGGUUCCAGUAAAGCUGCGUGUGGGCAGUGUAUGGAUUUAUGCACGAGUGAGAGAUGCGGAGAAAAUCGCUACGUUUCCGGAAGUCAGGAUGCGAGUCAUGAACAAGAGUCGUGAAUCCCUGGGUAAACGGCUAAGAGGGUGAGUGGCAUGGAAGGUAUAACUUUCUAUACGGCGGGC